CACUGUUUUUUUUCCUAUUUUAGUCUUUACUGGCCUGGUACCGCUGCGGUGGAAGAAGGUGUUUCAGGGGGAGUGAUCACAUAAAACGCCCGCCGUCACCACUACGACGCACGCCGCUGCUGCAUCGCCGUGGUAUAUCCCGGCCCUCCCUUGCUCUUGUCCACUUGUGAUCGCACCGUCGAUCUGGCGGAAUCAGGCGGGAGCACGCAUUUAGGCCGGUCAAGGAUCCGCUCGAGACCGAUGAUAGCCAUGCCAUCGCCGAUUCCCAUCAACGGCAGCAGCAGCAGCAGCAGCAGCAGCAGCAGCAGCAACAACAACAACAAGAACAGCAGCGGCGGUACUAGUAGCAAUGCUGGCAGUGCCGGUAGUCUGUCCCCAACGAUGACUGCAAGCGCUGCCGCAAGAGCAAUUUCGGGGUCGAGGACUGGGCCGAGCUUGGAACCGGGGCCAGGGGCAGGGGCAGGGGCAGGGACAGGUGCAGGGACGUGCGCAUACAUCGACGAUGGGACACGAAAGCGACACUGGCCGCCCCGGCUCUAUCUCGCCGUUGACUGUGGCGGCACCAAGACGGCAGCAGCAGUGUGCGACGAGGCGGGCAUCCUUCUGGGUCGAGGCCACGGUGGUCCGGCAAACUACACCGAUGUCGGCCUGCUCGCCUUUCUCAACUCUGUCCAGGAGGCCGUCUCGGAUGCGCUGCGGCGGGUGGCCAGGCAUCUCCUCGAGUUGCCCCUUGAUGCUUGGCAUUCGAUCCAAACCGCCGAUCCACCUCCCAUCCGUGUCUAUGACGAAAACGGGGGUUCGUCGUCGUCGUCUCCCAGCUUCUCUUCGUCGUCGAGGGCGUCGAUCGUGGCUGCGCUUGAUGCCAUUCGCUUUCCUGGUCUGCCCGAAGAUGCACGUCGGCCCUGGUUCGAGGCUGCCUGGUUCGGCAUCGCCGGUGUGGACAGUCCUGUAGAUGUGACGACGCUGAGCCCGCACCUGGCCAGCCUCCUCUCGCUUCCCUACCCCAGCCCCCGGCUCAUUGUGGCAAACGACACGUCGCUUCUCGCCUCGCCCGUCACCGAUCCGAGCAGACCAGAGAUCCGGAGCGGCGUCGUCGUCAUUGCCGGCACAGGCAGCAUCGUCAUGAGCUUCAAGCAGAGGAGCGACGGCCUGCUCAAGGUCCUCGGCCGCGUCGGUGGCUUUGGAUGGCUCCUGGGCGACGAAGGGAGCGGGUACCAGGUGGGCAAAAGCGCCGUUCGCAAGGUGCUCGACAUGGCCGAUCGGCAGAGGCUGCUUGCCCACAGCGAUGAAGAAGACAGCAAUGACCGCGAACACGGCCGUGACGGUGAGGGAUGCGAAGAGCACGAGGGAAGCUGUUCGACGUCGACAUCGACAUCAGAGGAAAGUCCAGAUGAGGGCGAAUUGGUGUCCUUUGCCACGAGGUCGGGCACCAUCAAGAUGCGCAAGAAGCCGGGGCCCCGUUGCAGGGUGGCCUCCUCGAGAACAGCUGCGAGGGGCGACUCGGUCAGCAAGGAGGCACCGCCGUACGGCCGCGUGCUGAGAGAUCGCAUCCUGCAGCACUGGUCAAUCGUCUCGACCGACGAGCUCCUUGGCGCCGUCUAUUCCGAUGAUAUCUCGGCCGCACCGAGCAGCAGCGGCAGUCUCAGAACCUCGCCCGCCACGGCUAAGAACGGUGGCGAUGCAGAGACUAGUGCCGCCGCCACAUCGUCGCUCUCGGCCAGUGAGGCCUCAGCCAACCUGCUGCCCCCCGUCGCACCGACACUCGACGUCGAAGUCCAAUUUCGGGGCGCUUCGCCCAUCCCCUCGCUCAGCUCUAGCCCCACGGACUCAACGGCCUCGUCGUCCGUCCAUCAUAGCUCGCACUUGGCCGCUGGCCCCGCGAGCUCCGCACGACCGCCCAACUCGGCUCGGUCGCAUUCUGAGUCGAGUGUGCGUGACGAUCGAUCCUCUCGCGGCGAGCGACAGACGGGGGAGCGUAAACACCGGCUGGCCUCGCUCGCCCCACUCGUCUUUCAUCUCGCCUUUAGCCACGACGAUGCCAUGUCGCUCGACAUCCUCCGCGAGCAGGCCCACCAUCUCGCAAAGAGCGUUGCCGAGCUGCUCAAGCCACCGCCGAGCACGCGGGCCCAUCUCAAGGCCCACGAGAGCGUGCUGUGCAUGGGUGGCAGCCUCGUGGGUGUCGAGCGAUACCGCCAAUUGCUCGUCGAGGAGCUUGCCAAGCUCGGUAUUGCCUUUGACAGCGUCGUCUACGUUGGCGAUCCAGCCCGCAGCGGUGCAGUGGCCCUCAGCGCCGUCGUCGAGAAGCUGCGAGACAGCGAGACGUGAGGGCGAUUCUCUACUCCUCUUCUGUUGGUCAUUUCUUCUUUUCCUUUCCUCCCAGCCAAGCAGCAUUCAUUACAGAGCUUUCCUAGCAGUAAAGACCCGUCCAUUCAUCAAACUUGUACUUCUUACUCUCUCUCCUCCCUUUCUCUCAAUCCAUCGUGACAAGGCUGGCCUCCCAAAGAGAGACGGAUUUCUUCUCUUC